CCAGCUAUAUGCAUCGGUCUUUGGUGCUUGUUCAUGUCAUAUUACCACAACACUCAUUGCUGGUCUGGAUAUGGAAGUCAGACGUACAUCUGGUUUAUUACAGGACCCAUGAUAGCAGCACUCAUGGUGAACAGUGUAUUUCUUGUGGAUAUUAUACGUAUUUUAGUGACAAAACGCUUAGCAAUUCAAACAGUGGAAACAACCCAUGUGAAGAAGGCCGUGAAAGCAACUGCUCUUUUGUUUCCUCUACUCGGAAUACCCCAUCUAUUAUUCUGCAUUAACCCCAAAGACAACGGCACUUUGGAAGAGGCUUAUAUGGUGGUCAAUGCUUUCGUCAAAUCAUCUCAAGGUCUUUUCGUAUCUGUUUUGUAUUGCUUCAUGAAUGCAGAUGUUCAAAUGGCACUGAGGAAAGCAUACAUGAGAUCUGUGGCACAACGGAACCCAAACUAUAGGUCUAAUUGCCGAAGAGGAUUGUCCCAGACGUCCGGCACUUACCUCUCGUCCCAGUCUGAAGCAUCUUGCCACAACAUCGAUGCAAGCAGAAAGAAAAGAGCUCCUUCUAGAGCAGUCCUUCGACUUCAUGAAAUGUCCUGCAACCAAGAAACGAAAAGCAGAAUAGAAGCAACAACUGUUAUUUUCUGAAUCACGUGAAAACUCAGUUUAAAGAAGAUAAAAUAUUUCCAUAUUUAAAGAAGAUAAAAUAUUGCUGGAACAUUUCCAAAGACCGAGCACGUUUUACUGAAUAAGCAUCUCCAUUAAAUACUUCAUUUUGUGUGGGUUAAAGGAUAUUAUAAUAAAACAAUAUUCUUAUAAAAUAAAAAUCUGAAACAUAAGUCCAAAACAUACCAAUGGAGAAAUAUGGUGAAGUUCAAAUACUUUGUAAGUCUUUAACAGAGCGUGAGUUAAUAGAAAUCAACAAUUAGUGUUUAAUAGUUCCCUACUUAAUCGUGAAAUGGCUAACUAUUUUAUAUUAAAAACUAAUGUCUGCCAAAUUCCUUUUAAAUGAUUAUUAUAAUAAGUAAAUGUGUAAAUAUUUUUCCGUCGUUAGAAAACUUGUCUAAUUUUCCGAAAUAUUUCCUUAGACGUUUUGGCUAGUGUGACUCCUAAAAAUGCUGCUGAAUUCUGAAUGGUAGUUUAUCUUUCAUGUAUAUACACAAUAUCAUUAAAGUCCA